GGUUUAUAAAAUUUGCAACCCUUCAUCUGCAUAACUUCACGUAGCACAGAAUUCACCGUGUGAAAAACAGGAUACAUAAAAUCGAUCUAAAAACCGAAAAUAAUGAGAGGAAAAAACGCGGAAAACGGGAUACAUAAUUGCGUUUUACGUGACUUGGUUGCUCAAUAGUUCUGUUUUGACAAUCUUAGGUCCGCAGUAGCUUAUGUGUUCGAACAUGUGAGCGAAACCGGACUCCGACCCAAUGUCGUAGGGCGUGCGGCACGUGGGACAAGGUAGCAGUCUUUGCUGCGGGGGCGCGCCGGGCUGUGCAGCUAUACCCGUCUUUGCAGAGAGGUGGUGGGUGUGGCCGUUUGUCAUGGGCACGAGCGUGUUGGGUCUCGGGGAGCGUUUGGUGACCUGCGGCCAGGAGCGAGUGUCCGAGGGAAGACUCAUGUUGUGCUGGGUGGCCCGCUCGAACCCGGUCACCUGCUCGUCAAACAACACUCGCAGCUGCCUGUCUUUCUCGACGAGGCUUCCCAUGUGGUCGCCCCUGGCAAUUAGGCCCUGCAGGUGAAAACAAAGGUUUAUGAUCCACAAUUGUACACAAGCAUAGUUUGUUUAGUGUGUGUGUGUGUGUGUGUGCGAGGCACACUGUAGUGUAAUUGUGAGGUAUGUCAUGGUUGGCAUUCUGACAUCCAGGACUACUUACCAACCAUUAUACUGGAAGCUUUUCCUAGAAGACGUGUGCGCGUGUGUGUGUGUGUGUGUGUGUGUGCGUGUGUGUGUGUGCAUGUAACUGCUACAAUGUUACGUACCGGAGGAGUGGGAGGGGGAGGGAGCGGUUCACUCAUGUACUGCUGGACCCUACAGUCGUGAUGAUGUCUCCGCGAUGAGCUGCUCACUCCCAGUAUGGACAUGAAGGCAUGUCUCAACUUGUCAACCUACGAGUGUGGCAUUGAAAUGAAUGAAACAUGGUUUCGUACACUUAUAAUAAAGGACACCUAUCUACAGAGACAAUUGUGUUGAACUCCCCCCUCUAAGAACACCCCUGACGUGAGGAUGGCUCUCUAUUCUGUCGGUUUGGAGGGGUUCCAAAGUUACUACCGAUGAUCACAUCUUAAUUUAACUCUGUAUGUUUUAGUGGAGAUGUGCAGUAUCACCAAAUGGAGAGGGGAGAGGACCAUGAGACUAUCAUGUGAUUACCCCCACCUGUCUAUAUUAGCAACAUACAAACCUUGGUGGGGUGACCUUGUAGUACUAAAGGUCACCUGUUUCUACUGCUAUAUACCCAAUACUACUCUUGUUACAAUCCCAGUGCUAAUACCACACCUCUGUAUUAUAUAAAGGACAACCUUUAAACCCUAGUGUGCCCAUUAUUCAGAGGUUCUGUGGGGUUAUAUACUCAAGUGUGGGUGUGCAUACAAGUUGGCAAAAGCACCGGUGGCAUAUGGAAGGGGCAUUAUAGUCCUCUUCCAGUACAAACACACCCUCUGUGCAGUACCUUUCACCAUACCCUAUACUCAUAUACAUACAGCUACAAGUCUUGACACAUACUGCAAGGGAAAGGGAAAGCAAGUGUGUGUGUAUAUCAUUAUAUCACUAUAAUGCCCUUUGGAUGCAGGUACGGUGUUACACGCAAGGCGCUCAUAUUGUAUUUUAAACACUCACAGUGCUUGAAUUACCCUUGGCUAUGCACAAGGCCCAUGUUUUGAGAGCACUCACUACAAACUUUCAAUUUCUCUACUUCUGGCACUCAUGGGCAUGCUCGCAUGCUUGAUGCCCCGAUGAUGCAAUCAUGACAUCACCAGGAACAGGCAACAUGCACACAUGCCCCCCAGGACUGCGUACUUUUGUCAGUGGACAAACUUGCACACACACACGGUAUGUCUGUGUGCUAUAACAGUUUGUCAAGACAUAUCUGCUUCAAAUGCUCCCCAACCGUUCCCAAGGGAUGCUUACAUACAUCUGCAAGGUUUACCCGGCAUGACUGAAAUACCAGCAACAAAUACCCCUGCUAUAAUGUGCUGUACAUUCUACAUACAUCUGGUGGUACAUACAUACAGUAGUCGCAUAGUAAGUUCUAGAUACAUCUCGUGGUACAUAAGUAGUGUAUAGUACAUUCUACAUACAUCUGGUGGUACAUUACAGUAGUGCAUAGUAAGUUCUAGAUACAUCUGGUGGUACAUAAGUAGUGUAUAGUACAUUCUACAUGUACAUACAGUAGUGCAUAGUACGUGUACUGUCAUGUAUUGGCAUGUGGCAUGUGGCAUGCGGCAUGUACUCAACUGGACCAAGCAGGACAAAACACACAUGUGGGGCAUGCAGCGCUAGAGCUAGGGGCUUUUCUGGAAGACUCUAUAGAGGGCGAGUUGUUUACAAAUACUGCCCCAUUUGGUCCCCAGGGUAGGCUGAUAUCAUAGGCUGCCCCCCACACACACUUACUAUCACUGGUUUACAUGACUAGACAGACGAGAUGCCUCCCAUUACAACCCAAUAUGAAACUCCAGCCAGUUGGUUUGCAGGCCAGACACCCUCUUGAAACUAACACCAUACCAACCAGCAGAGGCGCUAAGUUCUGGGGAAUACCCUGGCAAUUAGACCGCAUACCAUCCAAUUGUCCAAUUAGCGAUGGGGGUGACCCUUUGUAUUGGGGAGACAGUAUAAAGCUUAUGCGCCAGAUUGCAUACUUGGCACAUGCUAACAGGGGCACUAAAGAGACUGUAUACAGCUUAUACACCAGAUUGCAUACUUGGCACAUGCUAACAGGGGCACUAAAGAGACAAUAUACAGCUUACACACCAGAUUGCAUACUUAUGUAGCUGUGUAUACACCAGAUUGCAUACUUGGCACAGUGCUAACUAUACAGCUUAUGCACCAGAUUGCGCAAGCUAACAAGGCUAAAUAGGGCACAAGUUGUGGUAAACUCUCUGGUUAUAUAAGAUAGUAAUUCUAUAUGUGCAAUUUGUCAGCACCACUUCCUAAUGAUGCCAGAGUUAAAUAUGACACCUGCACUCUUACUUCCACCCCAUGCCUUUGAUCACACUAUACCUACCUUUCAUAAUUAUAACAACGGGCAUAUGGCGGGAUGCUAGGAAAUGUCACACGCUAGCGUACCACCACCAUAAGCAAAAAAGGCAGCCUUAGCAACCAUAUAUCCCCCUGUAUGCAAAUAGUAUCUAGCCUACAAGGAGACUUUGUAUGUACCUGGUGCUGAAGUUGUAUCUUCUUGCUGGUGGUGUCUUGGUGCUGUUUCUCCAGCUGGCGCAUCUUCAGCUCCAGCUUGCGGAAGUCUUCCUUCAGCCUCGCCGCAGCCUGAAGGUCGCCAAUUUCUUGAAUCUGGGAGACAGGGUGAAGCGAGAAACGGGAGAUUUUAGACGGUAUUCAUUGCUCAGCUUGCACAAUAUUAUAUUGAACAUGGAAUGUGCGUGGGA